UCUAAUCUGUUAAUUGAUUGGCCUUCACUGGCAAGGCUACCACUUCUGCAGUGUGGAAUAUUUUAGAGGCAGCAGUUUAGGUGGACAACGUCCUGUCCAUCCCUCUUAGCUAGGCUAGCUGACAACAUGGAAACAAACACUUUGUCUCUCGAACUGCCAAUAGGCGCUGGAGCUAAUCAGAGAGUUCAGAGUGGAAACUCUUCAGACAACCAAGGUCGUUCUAACUCAUCAAACAUCUCAGGCAACAUGGAAACAAACACUUUUCCACUCGAACUUCUUACAAAUGAUAAUUAUGCAGAUUGGAGCAUCAAGAUGAAAAAAAAUCUAUUGGCUCAAGGUCUUUGGGACAUUGUUGAAAUAGGCUCGAAACCACCCAAACCAGAUGAUGAUGUGGUUGAAUUCGAGGCUCGGAAAAAGAUGAAUGAUGCAGCAUUACAUGCAAUCCAAAGUUCAUGUGGUAUGGACAUACUUUCUCGAAUCAAUAAAAUUAGUUAUGCCAAAAUUGCUUGGGAAAUAUUGGCCGAAAUGUUCAUGGAAAUGCGGUUGAUUUUCUACAACACGGUUGAGCAAGGAAACUUUUGCACAUCAGAUACCUUAGAUAGUGGACAGGACAUGCCAACAGGGACCGGAGCUAAUCAGAAAGAUCAGAGUGGAAACUCUUCAGACAACCAAAGUCAUUCUAACUCAUCAAACAUCUCAAGUAAUAGAUAGGACAAGCUAAUACAGGCGGAAGCUGUUGAUCCCAUAAUUAAUGAAGGAAACUCUUCAAGUGCACACAAAUCAGGGCCAGAGAGAGAGGAUGAUUAUGCGGUCUUAGUCGAGGCUGUGCGAAGAGGUGAUUGGAUAGCUACAAGAGAUUUCCUCGCGGUCAACCCAGCUGCAUUGACAGCAAGAAUCUUCACGGGUACAUAUCCGGGUGGGACGAUUCUUCACGCUGCUGUUGAUGCUGAUCAGGAAUAUAUAGUGAAGGAGUUGGUCAAUAAGAUGUCAGAACAUACUUUGGCAAUACAAGAUAAUGGCCGCCAGACAGCUCUACAUAUUACAACUAUUAGUGGGAAUCAGAGGAUGGCAGAGUGUCUGAUUACAAAGAACAGGAGCUUGGUCAGCAUUAGAGAUAAGGAUAAUGAACUUCCAGUUGCUCUGGCUAUGGCCUGGGGGCAUAACGAAUUGGCUCGCUAUCUCUAUUCUCCAACUCCGUUACAAGAUCUGGUGGCAGAUAAAGGCUGCCAGGGUGCUUCACUUCUUAACUUUUGUAUUUAUAACAGAGAUUUAGGUAAACAAUUACUGCAUUCUCUUCUAACCAUUCAUUGGCCAUAAUUUCUGGUGAUUGGAUUAAUUAAUUGGAUAUAUGCAACAUUAACUCAUGAUGACCGUGCAAGAUAUGGCUUUGGAUUUAAUGGAGCGUUGUCCUCUUUUGGCUUUUGCCUUGGACAUACAACGUAUCUCCCCUUUGGAGGCACUGGCUGGUUCGACUGAAGCAUUCGAGAGUGGAAAUGGUUUGGUGUUUUGGAAACAAUGGAUCUACAAUCACUGUAUACACAUUUCAUUAGAUCGUGCUGCCGAUCAAUUCCGUUUGAACACAUUCAAAAUCAUGGUGAAGAAAAAAAUAUCGGAUCAGUGCGAGCUGAUCUAUGGCGCCAACUAGCUUCAAGUCUCUUGAACCUCUUGGGAUUCAAGCGCUUAUAUGAAAUGAAGUUGGUACGAGUUCAAUUCCAACUACUUCUGUAUCGUAUGUGUAAAGCGAUACCAACUUUAAAUUCAACUACAAGCCGAAUAUAUCUAGAUAUUACAAGGAUUAUUGAGUCAGCUAUCAGAAGAGGGAACUUUGAAUUUGUUUAUCAUAUGGUCAAAGAAAAUUCAGACAUUUUCUGGAUGUGUGAUCGUGAUGAAAGGACCAUAUUCAAUUGGGCCGUCCUACAUCGUCAACAUAGGAUCUUUAGCCUUAUAUACAGCUUAAAACAAAAGAAUGUUGAACUAAAUUUGGUAGACAAGUCCAGAAAUACCAUAUUGCAUAUGGCAGGGAUGUUAACAGAAAAUACUCCUAUCGAUCACAUAAGAGGAGCAGCUUUGCAAAUGCAAAGAGAAGUUCAAUGGUUUCAGGAGGUGGAACGCAUUUGCCGUCUCUCUCAUAAGGAAAUUUUAAAUGAAGACAAUUUGACUGCCAGACAAUUGUUUACGAAAGACCACAAAGAAAUGAGAAAAGAUGGAGAGCGAUGGAUGAAAGACACGGCAACUUCUUGUGCUGUGGUUGGUGCUCUCAUCAUUACCAUUAUGUUCGCGGCAGGAUUUACCAUUCCUGGCGGUAACAACCAAGAUACAGGAAUCCUUACGUCACGUUAUGCAGAAGAAGACUUUCUUAAAUCUUUGCCCAGAAAGAUGAUUAUAGGCCUUUUCGCUCUCUUCUUCUCUAUUGCAACCAUGAUGAUAGCUUUUUCUGCUGCUCUUUUACUUAUGCUACGUGGAAAAUAUUGGACCGUCGCUCCUAUCAUUGGUUUGGCUGGUGUUCCCAUUAUUCUAUUUGUAUUCAUGCAAUUUCGCCUUCUCGUUGACGUGUUUCAUUCAACCUAUGGACUGGGCAUCUUUAAUAGAAAAAUGGAGCCUUGGCUUUAACUUUUUACCGUAUUUGUUGUAAUGUUGUGUUGAUAUAUGGCAUACUAAGCAGAGUUUAUGAUUAUUUUUCAUUGUAACAAAUAGUUGAACUUAUGUGGCAUAUUUUGUUAUUUUAUGCCGAU